AUGUCUGUAUUGACACAAUUAUUGAUGUCAAUCAUAUACGAUAAUAUAUGGACAACAAUAACCAGUUUACUAAUGGCAUUAGUAAUCUAUAAAUUGGCAAAAUUUUAUUACCGCUACUACUACUGUCUACCUCCCGGUCCAUUUCCAUUACCUAUUAUCGGCAAUUUGUUAUCAUUUAGAUUUAAACAAUUUUGGGAGACUAGUUUGAGAAAUAUUGCCAAAAAUAAUGGUCCAGUUUUUACAUUACAUUUGGGUAAUACUCCGUACAUAAUAAUAACAGACGUAGACAUUGGUAGACAAACGUUUGGUAAACAAAAUUUUUUGGGAAGACCUGACAGUUUUUUAGGUACAUUUUUUAAAAACGAUAUCAUUUUUGCCGAUUACAGUCAACAUUGGGAAGUACUUAGACGUGUGGCGCUAUCGGCCGUACAAAAAUAUUCAGUUAAUGAACGAUUAGUUAACGUAGCGGUCGAUUGUGUGGACAAAAUGGUUCAAACAAUGUUAGAAAGAGAGGGUCCAAACAAACCAAUCGAUCCAUUCAAUUAUCUAUAUCUAACGUAUCUAAAUAUAAUGGCAACCAGUUGUUUCAGUCAAUAUUAUAAUAUUGAUGACCAGGAAUUCAAACAAAUCAAAUACGGUUUCAAAGAUUUUAGUCUUGAAAUUGGUUCGCGAUCUUUCUUAUGGGAAUCUUCUCAAAUCAUACGAUGGUUUGAUAGGAAAUUUAUUCAAAGAUAUAAAAAAAUAAUUAAAGAUUUACAGCAACUGAUGAAAGAUAAAUAUCUGAUACAUUUGAAUGAUUACGAUUCGGGUAUUGAACGUGACUUUUGCGAUGCACUAAUUGCGGCCAAAAACGAUGCCAUACGUGAAGCUAAACAUACGGCCGCCUAUCUGACCGAUGAUAAUCUAGUUAUGGCUGUAUUUGAUUUGUUUAUUGCCGGUACCGAUUCAUCGUAUAUUGUAUUUUUAUGGUCACUACUCCUAUUAGCCUAUUAUCCGGACGUUCAGCAAAAGUUACGCAAAGAAAUUGAGUCCAUAAUUGGCGACCGAAUCCCAACGCAUGACGAUAGACAACGAUGUCAUUAUGUGAUGGCAUUUAUGGCCGAAACAUUGAGAUACAAAAAUCCCGGACCAACUGGUUUUUUUCAUAAGGCAAUGACUACCGGUAAAAUAGGCGAUUAUACAAUACCUGAAGGUAUGGCAGUGUUUGUAUAUCAAGGAUUUAUUUUAUUAGACGACAAAAAUUUUGAAAAUCCAGACACUUUCAAACCCGAACGUUUCAUCGACAGUGACGGCCAUUAUAUGACUACCCGUUCCCCAGCAUUCAUACCGUUCAGUGUCGGACGUCGUUCAUGUGUUGGUGAAAAGUUGGCAAUCGCUGAGUUUUUUCUGGUUUUUGUCCGAUUUCUACAAUUAACACAAAACUAUGACAUUGUUUUGGACAGUCAUCACGGUUUGGAUGGCGACUACAAUUCUACUCUAUUAGUCAAUCCACAA